AUGCGCUCUUCUUUGCAGGCCUCUUCACACGCUGGCCACUCUUACCCCCAAUCUACCAUGGCAACCUGUUCCAGGACAGCCUCUCAAGCCCAAUCCCCUUUCAAUCAGGGAUACAUGGAAUCCCAGAUUCUGCCAACCACCUCUGUCAAACUUGGCAAGGUAUCCCUAGAGCAUGUCACACACCUCCUCCUUGGCCUCCUUGGCCAUGUCAAACGGCUUGAAAGGGAAAUUGCUGAAAUCAAGGAAGCAGGGGUUGAAACCUGUACCAAUGUUGAAAACAUUUCCCAAACAGUCAAUGUUGUCAAGGAUGGGCUUAGAAGCCUCCAACUCCAUGGGUGUCAUAACCUCCUAAACAUAUACCAUUAG